AGUACAUGCACCAUCUACCAUGCAGUAAGUGGGUCAACCGUGAUUUGAUUGCGGCUGUCAAACUUUGAAGCCUUUUCAAGUUUGUUCAAGCGAUUAAAUAUGAUAGAUGUUUUGUAUUCACUACUAGAUAGGCCAAAUGUAUUGGGGGCGUGUUGCCAGUCCACUUACAGUAACCGCCCGCUGUUUGGAGAAGUGUCAUCGCGGUGGAAAAUUUCAACACACACGGACUUCCUUAAGUUCCUGGAUGAUCACAGACACAGGCACGGUACACGUAACUGGGAAUUCACUCGUUCCUUUGGCAACAAUGUCGUCUGCAUCGACUCAGCAGUGGUCAGAUAAAAUGCUGGAAGUUGUUAGAUGGAGCAACUCUUUCUACUCUAAAGGAUCCAGCAGAGAAGCAUGCAAGCCGUUCUUUGUCGCCGAUCAUCAAGUGGGCCACGUCACCCCAAACGUCCUUCAGUACCUCCUGGAUCGUCCUGACGUCAUCCACAUAACACGACAUGCGACCACCAAUGACGUGCAGAGAGUCUCCCUGGCGCCCUCGCUGACGACUUUUGAGGAGCGAACCACGAAGAUGGCCGGACUCCUGGAGGAACUGAAGAAACUGGAUGUGUUUGUGACACUGAGGGGCUGGAGGAAUGAGAUGUAUGCUGUGUGUGCCUCAUACCAUGAUGAAACACUCAUGAAUAUGGAACGCGCAGCAACAUGUCUGUUUGGGAUCAAGCAGUAUGGCGUCCACCUCAAUGGCUACUGCCACCAUCCCACCAAGGGACUGUGCAUGUGGGUUGGUAGACGGUCACCCACCAAGUCCACCUUCCCAAACAAGCUGGAUAACGUGGCGGCCGGCGGUCUGCCCUCAGGUAUGCUCGUCAAGGAUUGCCUGAUGAAGGAGUGUGCGGAAGAAGCAUCGAUCCCAGAAUUCAUCGCAGAGAAAGCUGUGCCGGCCGGUGCAAUCAGUUAUUUCUAUGAGGACGAGCGAGGGCUCUUUGAUGAAACCCAGUUUGUCUACGACCUGGAGCUCCCUGCUGAUUUUGUGCCUCAGAUAAACGAUGAUGAGGUCACAGAAUUCUAUCUGUGGACACUUCAAGAGGUCAAAGAGAAAAUAGCCAGCAAAGAGUUCAAGCCCAACUGUGCGUUGGUCAUUCUAGAUUUCCUCAUUCGCAGGGGGUUCCUCACCCCAGAUGCAGAUCCAAAUUAUGUACUAUUUCUGCAAGGACUGCAUUCUGAUGACCCUUCCGGCCUGUUCAGGUGAAGUAAACACCAGUUGUCAAGGAGGACGGCGAAAUUUUUUUAAAAAUUUUUUUAAUUUUAAUUAAAAAAAAACAGACAGCAUAAAGCCGCUUUUCUUUAUGCACGUUUUCAGUCCAUUUUUUGUCCGUUGCGUAUUCGGGCCUAUAGGUUAUAAAGGGCAUAAAUACGCAAAGAGAAAAAAAAUGGGCAUAAAUACGCAACAGGGGAUAAAAUGGAUUGAAAACCACAUACAUGUAUGGAAAGGAGCCUUUUAUUAGAGUAUUAUGUAAAAAGCAGUUUUCUUGGGGAUGUAGUCCAUAGUUGUCUUUAUACUUUAUAAGCCCUCUUAUAUUUUUAUCUUCCAAGCUUUAGUGAACAAAAAAUCUUUUUUCUUAAUAUAUUGCAAUAUGCGAUUCUACAUUAUCCCAUUCCAAGAAAGAAAGAAAUACUGCCACUUACAAAAAUAAACGAGGAAGACAAUUAUACAAGAACUACAGAAGUUAUCUUUUUUCCAAUAUAUCCCCAAAUUUGAAUUUGCCAGAGUCUUUCCUAAUGAAUGUAAACUUUGAAAAUUUGAUUUGUGUAUUUAAACUGUAGUGCAUCCCAUGGUGUGGCAUGGAUGAAUUUGUAUCACAACGAGAAUAUGCUUGUGGACAGAUUGAGUAAGAAUAAAAAGGUUUAUUUCAUAUAAUAUG